AUGGGGUACUAUAUCGAUACUUGUUGUUACGCGAGGGCCUCGGACGCCCUCCCACACGCCAUCGAGGACAUGGUUGCUAGGCUCAACGAGUUGCGCCACUGCGUCCAGAGCUUGGAGAAGAAGGUUGCCAUACCAGCUUUGACUGAGGAGGUCAGGCUGGACGAGGAGGCGUACUUGGACCUGGAAGCCUUCUAUUCACUCUGGGACACCCGCUUCGGACACGAGGGCAGUCAGGGCGCAACGGAGUAUUCAAUCGAUUCCACCUCUCUCAACCAUCAAGGGCGCACUACCCCUACACAUACCCAGAAGGACCGAUAUAAUUCCCCUUAG